GGGGUCUUAAGGGGCCGCGAGCCCAGGUCGGAUCUCCUCGGAGGCUGGCGGAAAGCGAAGCUCACACCUUCGCGUAGAGCUCGCUGCAGCCGCCGUGCCGCGCGCCCUUUGGAAACCGGGACGGGACCAUGAUGUGGAAACGCUGGCUCGCGCUCGCGCUGGUGGCCGUCGCCUGGGUCCACGCCGAGGUCGGUGAGCACCUAAGGAGGUCCGCACUCGGGCCCCGCGGCCCCUUGAGUCUGCGGGACGGCGGACCGUGCGUGGGUCCCGGGGUUGCUCCCCCCGAGGAAGAACUCAGGAGCAAAUCCAAGAUCUGUGCCAAUGUAUUUUGUGGAGCCGGCCGGGAGUGUGCGGUCACAGAAAAGGGAGAACCCACCUGCCUCUGCAUUGAGCAAUGCAAACCUCACAAGCGGCCUGUGUGUGGCAGCAACGGCAAGACCUACCUCAACCACUGUGAGCUGCAUCGAGACGCCUGCCUCACUGGAUCCAAAAUCCAGGUUGAUUACGAUGGACACUGCAAAGAGAAGAAACCCGUAAGUCCGUCUGCCAGCCCAGUCGUUUGCUACCAGUCCAACCGCGAUGAACUCCGACGUCGAAUCAUCCAGUGGCUGGAAGCCGAGAUCGUUCCGGAUGGCUGGUUCUCUAAAGGCAGCAACUACAGUGAAAUCCUAGACAAGUACUUUAAGAACUUUGAUAAUGGUGACUCUCGCUUGGACUCCAGCGAAUUCCUGAAAUUUGUGGAGCAGAAUGAAACAGCCAUCAACAUCACCACCUAUGCCGACCAGGAGAACAACAAGCUGCUUAGAGGACUCUGUAUCGAUGCUCUCAUUGAACUGUCUGAUGAAAAUGCUGACUGGAAACUCAGCUUCCAAGAGUUCCUGAAGUGCCUCAACCCGUCUUUCAACCCUCCGGAGAAGAAGUGUGCCCUGGAGGAUGAGACAUACGCAGAUGGAGCUGAGACCGAGGUAGACUGUAACCGCUGCGUCUGUGCCUGCGGAAACUGGGUCUGCACGGCCAUGACCUGUGAUGGAAAGAAUCAGAAGGGCCUCCAGACCCAGACAGAGGAAGAGAUGACCAGAUACGUGCAGGAGCUCCAAAAGCACCAGGAAACAGCUGAAAAGACCAAGAGGAUGAGCACCAAAGAGAUACAAUGAGAAGGCAUCCGGGAGUGGUGUCUGGAAGCCAGCACCUUCUCUUCUACUCACGCGCUGAAUCCAGUAUAUGCAAGUGUCUGCUACAAUUGCCAAAUCACCAGUAUUUUACUUAUGUAGCAAUGAAUUUUAUUUGUUUGGGCAAUAAAGGAAAUGGGCAUGGCUGACUAAGAGGGGAAGGGCCAUAGCCUUCAUUUCUAGAAGUGCUUUGAGAGAAAAUGUGUAAGUGGUGGUCUGGGGCUAGAGGGGAGUAAGCAACUGCAUCAGGGUUGGGAGAAGAGCAGACCCAGGUGCAAAAACCUCUUUUGAGUCCACUGCAGCUACAAAUGUGCUGCAGGGAGUGCAGGCAAUGCCAAAGAGAAUUUCCCAGGCUGUCCCUGGGAAGGUCAAUGGAGAGAAAUGCCUUCUGCACCUGGUCACUUCCCUUUGCCAUCAGCAUGACAGAUCUCCAGCAUCUGUGCCUCUCCUUAUGGCCCCACCCGCUGCCUCCAGUUACACAUCCAUCCUGCUAGUUUCCCAGUGUCCCUUAGGCUUGGAUGGAGUUUCUGGGAGCGUCCCCCCCUAAAUGAUGCAGAUACUUGUAUACUUCAAUCCCCUUAGAGACCUUACCAAAUUUAUAAAAAUACUUUUUACCAAAGGUGCUAUUUUUCUGUAAAACACUUUCUUUUUUGGCAGGUUAACUUCAUUUUUUAUUAUUAUCAUUAUAUCAUUGUUGUGGCUUUUAAUAUUUUAUUUUCUUUAUUAGAAACUAAGCUUUUGUAACUUUUUUUUCAGUAGCCCCACUAUUUCAGAGGUGAGAGGAGUUUGGGGUACUUCAUGUGAUAUGCAUCUUGUGCAGGAAUCCCUAUAACCUGGACUCCCCCACAUUUGCUACAUAUUAGAUGCAGCCCCAAGUUUUACCCCUGGCUUCCUUCCAGUGGGUCACCACUGCCAGCGGAGCAGGGGAUGCCUCAGAAAGAAGCCGGGGGGAGAAGCAUUCUUCAUAGAAAAUUUUCAGAUCCAAAAAGCUAAUUUGUGUUCAUGUAUGCCUAGAAGUUCAGUGUGAGUCAUUAUUCCAAAAAGGUGGAGAUGAGAGACAUGUGCAGCUAAGGAGGGCUUAGGAUACCCCAGUCUACCAGUGUGCUUACUGAUUCACCAUUAACUAGGAGAGUGACUUUGGCCAUCUCUUCCCAUUUCUGGGCCUCAGUUUCCUCAGUGAACAUGUAGGAAUUGAUUAAUCUUUAGAUUUGAUGAAUCAGGCAUUCUGUAGUUCUAGUCAUUGGUCGGUCCAGAGGAAAACAGGUUCUUGUGAUUUUUCCUCUUCUCCUUAGGAUAAAUGAAACUUUGUUAUUGUAACAAGCCAGACAGUCAAACCACAAGAUGAUCAAAUUUGACCUUGGUCUGUAUGACCUCAGCAGGUUGUGCUGUGAUGUAGAGCCCUCAUGGAUAAAGCCUGGCCAGGAAGAGUGGGAAAGAGAACCACCCCAUUUUGUCUUCACUUUUGCCUUUCAUGUUUAGCCUCUUCUUGUAAACAGAAAUAGCUUUUGCUUUAGAGGUAAGGACAAAAAGUGGUUUCAAAUUUCAAGACAGAAAAAAGAAAAUUGAAUCUUAAAACCGUGAAUUGGCAAGAAGUCAGUUGUUCCUACAUCUUUUGACCUCUGAUUAUAAAUCCCAUUCCCACACCAUGUUUAAGAUGCAUUUGGAAUAACAAAGUUUUAAAAAUUUGACAUAUGAUCUCAUGUACAGAAAACAGGGGGAGAUUGUUUAGGUUGCUCUGCAUGGUGAUAAAUUGUUAACGCCUAAAUUGGAAUUACUUCUAAAUAGGUUUCCAUUUUGUUUAGAAACCUUUUGUUUAGAAGUCUGAGCAAUUAUGUAUCAUCCCACUUAAAACCCCUCUUCGAAGCCCACUUGUGCAAUCUGAAAUGUAUCUCCCUGUCCAAGUGCCUGGGAAAAUGCAGAGCAGCACACCUUAAUCAAAAGACCUUUUGCCAGCCUUUGGACACAAUGGGGGUAGACAACAGGAGCACCAAUUUGUUUAAAGGGAAAAGGCAGAGUGUCUCUUCACCAAUCACAUUUAGGACUGCGGUUGCCACCCAACACUAUCCCCACCCUGCAACACUGAAUUCCUAAAAGUAAAUCUGCAUUCCUCCUGAGCUCUGCUGCUUCUGCGUAAAUAGGGCAGCUGUUGUCUGCACCGUAGGAUUAUGUAAUCUCAGUACCAUUCAUGGAAAGCUGCUAAAUAGCCUUGUUUGGGAAGUCUUGCACAGAGCUUUGCAUGGAGCAAAUAAACAGGAUUAAAUUGGGCCCAGUUCCUCCAGCCCUCUGAAAGUACUGGGCUUAGACUACAAGCUGCCUCAGGCUUUCUCUGUAUGUGUGUAUGGUUUUAUAAACAUAUUACACUGUCUUUUGAGAUCCAGUGUCCAUGGAAACCUUCCCACAUGUCAUUGACUCUGGACUAUACUGUUUUUGAAAAGCAGGGCUCCUCCACCUACUAAUAAGCCUGUGUGGACCAAGGUCUGAACAUCUUUCCUUUAUACCUAUUUUUUUUUAAAUAGUCAGAUUUCAAGAAAUGGUUAAACAGGCUUCUGUCGCCUAUGUAUGAAAUGUAUUUGUAUUUAGUAGGCUUCCAUAUUGCAUUUAACUUGCUUUUGUAACUCUUGAUUCUUAUUCUUUUGGUUUUUUGUUGGUUUUUUUGUUUUGUUUGUUUUU